CAAUAAAAUGCACUAGUGACGUUAAUUACAGCCUUUCUUUCUCUUACCUUUCCCGGUUAUCUUCUUUUCUCUUCUCUCUGAUUCAUCGACCGAAUUAAUAUCAUCAUCUUCAACGUUACUCCGUAGAAGAACCCCAAAGACUGUACCAAAACCCUACAUCAUCAGAUCGUAUCAAUGAUCGAACCCUACAACAAGCUUGUUAAAUUAGCUGCAAGAGCUUUCUAUGACGAUCUUACCAGCAAAGGAGAUAAUCAGCCCAAAACUGGAAGAAGUGAUAACAGAGGAAUUGCCGUAGUAGUUCUUGAUGCGCUCACCAGACGACAAUGGGUUAGAGAAGAAGACUUGGCAAAGGACCUCAAAUUGCAUACGAAGCAACUUCGUCGAACUCUGCGGUUUUUUGAAGAAGAAAAGAUUAUCACUAGAGAUCAUAGGAGAGAGACAGCAAAAGGUGCAAAAAUAUACAGCGCUGCUGUAGCUGCUACAGCUGAAGCCACGACAGGAAAAGAGGGAGAAGAAAAGGUCAAGCUACACACACACUCUUACUGCUGUCUAGAUUAUGCACAGAUAUAUGAUGUGGUUAGGUACAGACUGCAUCGCAUGAAGCAUAAGCUGAAAGAUGAAUUAGAGAACAAGAACACCAUUCAGGAAUAUAUAUGUACAAACUGUGGCAAAAGAUACAAUGCUUUGGAUGCACUGCGGUUAAUAUCUUUUGAAGACGAGGACUUCCACUGUGAACGUUGUAAUGGAAAACUAGAGGUUGAAAGUGAUAAGUUAGCUGCUCAAGACGGGGGAGAUGGAGGAGAUGGAGAUGAGAAUGCACGAAGACGACGGCGUGAAAAGUUAAAGGACAUGCUUCAGAAGAUGGAGGUACAACUCAAGCCUUUAGUAGACCAAGUCAGUCGGGUAAAAGACUUGCCUGUUCCAGAAUUUGGUAGUCUUCAAGCUUGGGAAGCCCGAGCUAGUGCAGCUGGGCGGGCAGCUAAUGGAGAUAAUGGUGGUGAUUCUAAAUCUCAUCUGGGAUAUAAUGGAGCACCAAUGCCAUACAGUGGAGAUACCAAGGUGGUAGUUGACUUCAAUGGUACUGAAGGCAAAGGAGAGGGUGUUAAAUCUGAAACUGACAGUACAUCUUUAAAGGUUUUGCCUCCAUGGAUGAUUACAUCAGGUAUGAAUCUUACGAAAGAACAGCGUGGAGAGGUGAAGCAGGAAACAAAAAUGGACGGGACUUCAACUUCCACAUCAGCACAAUUCACAGACGAUAAAAAGUCAACAGUUGGACAUGAUGAUAAAAAUAUACAGGAUGAGUAUGUCAAGGCUUAUUACGCUGCUUUGCUUAAGAAGCAACGCGAAUUGGAAGAAGCUGCAAAAAAUCCCCAAGAUGCGAAUGCAGCAGAUGAUCCUUCUAGCAGUACUUCCAACCGGAAAGUUGGCGGGAAAUCAAAACGUGAGGAAGAUGAUGAUGGUACCGAGUGGGAAGAGGCUCCUGUUAGAGGAAAUGCAAAUGGAGCUUACAAGGUGGAUUUGAAUGUUGAAGCCGAUGCUCAGCCAGAAGAAGACGACGAGGACGAUAUCGACUGGGAGGAAGGCUGAUGAAAAUAAUCAUAACAGUCAUUAUGAAUGUAAUGACUUAUUCUGAUCUGCUAGGGCAUGUGUUCUAAGUCAUUAUAACUAAAUAAUGCAACUUCAAAUUAUGUACCACACAAGACCGGAGUUAGCUGCUCAUUAUCUUAUUGCCUGUGCAUGUUGCUGUGGCGAUACGUCCGUGGUUUGAGGGGAGGUGUACCGUUGACUUUUAAGUUAAUCACCAGUUUUCAACUUUUCAUUAUAUAUUGGUUGACCAGACAACCCUACUUUGAAACUUUGUAUGUUAUGACUGGCCAGAGAAUAGUGUUAUUCUGACUCCAUUUUGUUAUGACCACAUUGUUAUUUACCAAUGAAUGGAUAUUAUGAUUUGUGAAUCGUGGGCCAUCCCAACGUUUGACCUAUGGUAUUGCACACAUCAAUGAAGAAAUUGGUGAGCUCUGAA